UUAGUUUCUUCCGGGCCUAUUCUCUCUCUCUCUUCCAAAGCUUCAAAAUUUGAGGAGCCCCAUCACUCUGCAAUCCUAACAAGUCUUUCGCAACCACGAUGAGUCUUGCCGAGUCUCCACUACACUCUUCUAGCAGUGAUGCCUUUGCUGGGUUGCUUGAGAGAGAACUGGAGUCCGGUUCUUCCGAGCCAUCACCAGAGGAAGAAGAUGAAGAAGAUAAAGAAGCUGAUGAUGUUGAAAGUGAGAGCAGGAUAAAAAGGCGUAAGGGAGAUAAUUUGGAAAGCGUAGAGGAAACUAAUGGGUCGACUUCCCAAGGACUUUCAGAACAAAAUUCAGAAGCAUCUGCAACGGAGGAUAUGUGUGCACAUCCUGGGUCAUUUGGAGAUAUGUGUUUUCUUUGUGGCCAGAGGUUGAUUGAGCAGUCUGGUGUGACAUUUGGGUACAUACACAAGGGAUUGAGGCUUAAUAAUGAUGAAAUCGACCGGUUACGCAACACAGACAUUAAGAAAUCGCUAAAUAAUAAGAAACUUUAUUUGGUACUGGAUCUUGAUCAUACACUGCUAAAUUCCACCCAGCUGAAUCAUAUGACGGCAGAAGAAAAAAAUUUGAUGAGCCCACCAGAUUCGCUGCCAGUAUGGUACUUUCAUAUGUGUUGAAAGGCAGCCUCUUCAGACUAGACUUUAUGUGUACGAUGACCAAGUUAAGGCCCUUCGUUAGGACAUCUUUGAAGGAAGCCAAUGAAAUGUCUGAAAUGUAUGCGUAUGCUAUGGGUGAUCGAGCCUAUGCAUUGGAAAUUGCUUGGUGCUAAAAAAGAUUACUUUGGCGAUAUAGUGAUAUCACGCGAGGAUGGCACCCAAAAACAUCAAAAGGGUCU